AUGGCAUCUAGACUUCCAGGGAAGAUGCCUUCAUCGUUUGAAGGUGAUGACGAGACCGAGGAGGAGAACAUCUUGCAAAAGAUGUGGUUUAAAAGUAAACAACAACCAUUGGUGCCAUUUGGAACUCUUGCCACCACUGUAGCUAUUAUCUUGGCUACCAAAUCUAUUAGACAAAAGGAUCGUAUCAAUACACAGAAGUAUUUCAGAUAUAGAGUUGGAUUCCAAGCAUUCACAUUGGCUGCAUUAGUCAUUGGUGGAUGGUACUACCAAUCCGAAACAGAACAGCAAAAGAUCACAAGAGAAGAAGCAAUGAAGGUUAAGGCUAAAGCCAGAGAAAAGUUAUGGAUCGAAGAACUAGAAAGAAGAGAUGCCAUCAUUCAAGAAAGAAAGAAACGUCUUGAGAGCUCUAAAUCUGAAUUGAAACGGGUGGCUGAAGAAGGCUUCAAGAGUGAAGAGUCCAAAUAA